AUGCUGUGCUGGCCGCAUUAUGCCGAGCAGAGGGCGAACAAGGUGUUCGUGGUGGACGAAAUGAAGCUCGGGGUUGUGAUGGAAGGGUACGACGAGGAGCUUGUCAAGUCCGAGGAGGUGGAGAAGAAGGUGAGGCGGGUGAUGGAGUCGGACGAAGGGGAAAAGCUAAGGGCAAGGCUGGCAUCAGCGAAGGAGAAGGCAGCAGAGGCGCUGGCGGAGGCAUUGUUGCCGGUGGAGGUGCUGCGGCACACCACGACCAGCACAUCCGUGACGCACUGCGGGUGGAACUCCGUCCUGGAGGCGGCAUCAAUCAGGGUGCCGAUGUUGUGCUGGCCGCAGUACACCGAGCAGAAGGCGAACAAGGUGUUCGUGGUGGACGAGAUGAAGUUCGGGGUGGUGAUGGAAGGGUACGACGAGGAGCUUGUCAAGGCAGAGGAUGUGGAGAAAGAAGGAGGCUGGUGA